CAUUAUCUCUAUAUAGAUAGAUAGACUGGUUAGGAAACACCACUGUAGUUGACCAAUUUUUGUCCACCAUUAUUUUGCGUGGUGCUAAUUCAUACAUGCGCCAAAUGUAUUAAAUGGUUGCAGGAAGAUUUUUUAUUAUUUUUUUAUUAAUUUUUUUGGUGCACUUUCUGUCUGAAUUCUCAUUAUUUUUUUGCCACAAAUAGUGAUAUCUUAUAAAACAUGAUAUACAGAAUUAUGUGCACAGCUAAUUUUUCCACUUUUUAGCAAUUCUCGUAUGUUUUGCCCUUUCAGGUAGAAAAUGUUGCAUUUUAUAACGCUUCUCAUCUGCCUUGCUGGAGGUUUGGAUACAGUAUUCGGAUACCCUAAUGGACAGAUAAGCGCUUCCUGCGACAGCAUGCUUCCGGUUCACGGGAACAAUGGUCCCCAGUCAUCUGUGUCCCCGUAUAACAUCACGGUGUCUAAUAAAACGUUUUCUCCUGGGGACGUUAUUACAGUGACUAUACAGUCCAUAUCGGGUACAGCCUCAUUUAAAGGAUUCCUUCUAGAAGCGCGAUCAGUGGGGGGGAACUGGAUUACUGGAACGUUUACCACCACGGAUCCUAACGCUCAGAUAUUGACAUGCAGCACACAAGCAAAUUCUGCCGUCAGUCAUACGAAUAAUAACCUGAAAACCACGAUCUCCGCUUCCUGGACAGCUCCACAAGGAGCGGGACCUGUGCAGUUCAGAGCCACAGUGUUGAACAAUUAUAGCACCUUCUGGACUGGAGUGCUGAGCGAGAUCAUAGAAGCAUUACAGAUUUCGGACACCACAUGUGGGUCUCAGAAGUUUUGCCUCAACGAUCCAACAAACUGUAGUCCUACUGACAGCACGUGUAACUUCAUGUCCUCCGCUCCCACAAGCAAUGGAUACGUGUUUGAGAUGAGCGCCCCCACAGUUGGAUAUGUGGCCAUUGGGUUUUCUGAUGAUAUAAGCAUGGGGAACGAUGAUGUUUAUAUUUGCACCAAGAACUCUUCAGGUUACAUUUUUGUUCAGAGAGGAUACACCACCGGAACUGUUGCUCCAACAAUCACAAAUAACACGGCCGGAUCAAUAGUAUCGUCCUAUACCAAUGGUGUAUUACAAUGUUCCUUCAUUACAGAAAGCAACAUCUCAACACCACAACAAAUAAGCAGUAAUCCCACCUACUAUGUCUUUCUAGUCAGUGGACCCUCAAAUGCAGAUGGAACAAUCCUGAAACAUACAAAGGUCCUGAUAUCCAGCAGUAAAAUUGACCUGUCAAGUUUUACAACAUCCGGAACACAGAGUGGAAUAAGUAAAGUUGUGCUUGGUCAUGGUUCCCUCAUGCUGAUCGCCUGGAUGACCACAGGGAGUAUCGGGAUGAUUAUGGCGCGAUAUAUGAAGAGUGCAGCUGGAAAACCAUUCCUUGGGAAGGCUAUAUGGUUCCAGAUUCACUUCUUUCUCAUGAUAUUAACAGUGGUCCUUACCAUAAUAGCGUUCAUCAUGGUGUUUGUCCAUGCCGGUGAUUGGAGCGGUGGAGCCCAUCCAGUCCUUGGCUGCAUAGUUAUGAUACUGUCGUUCUUCCAACCUAUUGUUGCUUUUUUUAGACCAGAUCCUAAGAAUGAAAGACGUUUCAUUUUUAACUGGGGACAUCGUAUAAAUGCACUUGUGAUAAAAAUCCUCGCAGUGGCGGCCAUCUUUCUUGGCCUUAUCCUGGUGGAUAGAUCAUCAAACCUAUGGAUGCCGAAGGUGAUGGGAGGAUUUUUUGCAUGGGAAGUCCUCUUUUAUAUUAUCCUGGAAACCAAAAUGCACCUGGGAAUGAGAGAGACUGAUCAAGAAAAUAAGACUCAUAUUGAGACUGGCGCACUUCUGAUCUUCGUUUGUGGUAAUCUGGCCUUUCUGAUCGCACUGUUGGUCGGCAUAGGACAAUCUUAAGCCUGAUCUGUGGAUGGCUCAUAAUGACCGACUCUUACAUGCCAAAGAAUUACCAAGGAGACGAUGUUAUAAUCAAAUGUAACACUUUUUUUUUUUUUGCUAUUGUCAAUAUACGGAAUACUCUGUGUGCGCAGGACGCCGUGAGAUGUUUACAGUGGCCGAAUCAUGGACAUGUAUGACAGAAAUAAGAAAACAUGCUGGGACCCUCUGGAUUAUGUCUGUGACUGAUUUUUGUUUUCCAUAUUGAAAUCCAUAGCAACAGAAACGUUCGCAUGGAACAUCUGACAUUACGUUUUUCAAACAUUUACAAUGGUAAAACAAAUUCAUGAGUUUUUUUAUUUUUUAUUUUACAUAGUAAAACUUUUUUUCACUAGCAAUAAAAAAAAGAAAAGAAUAAGUGAAGGUAGUGUUGGUAUCUGGUUUGGACAAUCUCUUCCUAUAUACUUUGUUCCUUGAUGAGACUGGCAUAUUUAUCUUGAAGUUAGAAAAGGCAGCUGCUAUGGGGCCCAGUGAAAAGAGGGACCCAGCAAAGAUUGGGCUCAGCACCGAGACCCCGACUGAUCAAAACCCUAUUCCAUGAGCAGUGUGAACCUGCACAGGGUCUUCCUCUUCACAGGUCAGUAACAGAAACAAGUGCAAUGUGCACACUGGUAAGGAAGAAGGUGAGCAAGUAUGGGACUUGGAUGUAUAAUGGCUAAACAUAUGAUUUUUUUUUUCCUUAAAGGAGAACUCCAGCCAAAUGAAAUUACCUUUAUA